AUGGAAGACAUGCAAGAUUUUCCAAGUUUACAAACGUUGGAGGUAAGUCAUUGUACAGAGUUGGUGUCAUUAGGAGAUAAAGAGAUAAUUAAUAUGGGGAGUAUGAGUAUCAUGGAAUCUAUUAAAGAAGUGAUGAUUGUUCGAAAUUUUGUAAUGGAGAGUUACACUUGUCCACGUAGUGUUGAGAGGUUACGACUCUUUCAAUGUAGUUCAAUGACAUCCUUCACCUUCUCAACAUGGCAGGAGCACCCCCACCCCACUCCAGAGAAAGGUUUUGGUUUUCUUCAAUUUUUUUGUCUAAGAUAUCUUCAGAUUGGUGAUUGCAAGAAUCUAAAGUCGUUUCCUCAUGAGCAUUUGCAAAGUCUCACAUCUUUGGAAGAACUGUUUAUGCGAGAUUGUCCAAGUUUGGAUUACUCAUUUCCUUGUGGGUUGUGGCCUCCUAAUUUAAGUAUCCUAUCUAUAGGUCGCCUAAAUAAACCCAUGUCAGAGUGGGGCCAUCAGAAUUUUCCAACCUCAUUGGUUAAACUAAGCUUAUAUGGCCAAAAUUCAGGAGUGGUUUCACUUGCAGUGGCAAAAUAUAUGAGGAAUACCACUGAUUCAUCAUCUUUUCUUCUUCCACCAUCUCUAGUUUCUCUAGAACUUGAAGGUUUUAUGGAGAUAGAAUCACUUUCAGAGGUCUUACAACAGCUACCAUGUCUUAAACAUCUUGAUACUUCAUCAUGCUCAAAGCUUAAAGAUCUGCCUGAGACAACUUCUACCCUAUAA